GAGGGGAGAGCGGCGGGGCCGGGCCGGGGUUGUGAGGGGAGGGGAUCCCCUGAAAGGGAUCGGGGAGAGGAUCCCCUGAAGGAGAGUCUGUUUUGCCUUGGGGGGCUCUGGAAGGAAUCCCGGUGAGAUCAUGGACGGUGAUGAUGAUUUGGAUCUGUUGGUCUCCCUCUUGGAAGAAAAUGAGGAAGCUGAAGAGGGGAAUUCUCCUGAGAAGGAAGAUGCCCCAAAGGAUGAGGAGGGAGAACCAGAUGAGUAUGAUGAGCUCUUUGAUGCAGAAGAUGAUGCCUCAUACACUGAAGAGGUGGAUGCUGACGACAGCGUAAUCUGUGAGCAGAAAGAGAACCUGGCUGUGCUGUUUGGAGAUGUGGAUGACCUGCUGGAAGAAGAGGAGGCAGAAAAAGCUGUCUCUGCUUCGGCUCCCAGCCAGGGAGAAGAGAAAACCAAUGAAGAAUUACAAGCUGAGCUGAGAAAAUUGCAAGAACAGAUGAAGAUGUUACAGGAGCAGUUGCAGAAGGCUGCCAUCGGGCAGCAAUCCAGUUCAGGCCCUGAGCAGAAAGCCCCUGGCAAAUCUCCCUGUCCACCCUUAAAGGAAAGGAAAGUUCAGAAGCUGCAGGAGUCACCGUGUUUCUUGGCCCAGCUGGGCAAUCCUUUACCAACAGCCAAGCGAGGAAACCAGAAAGCAAAAGCCUCCUCAGCAGAGACCAAGACUCCUCCACCGCGACAAGUCCUCAGUCUGGCGUUCCAGCCUCUCAAGUCUGCGCCAGGGAACACACCCAGUAAGGUGACCAGAGAGAAGACUCCUCACGUGCCUACGUGCUCCAGCACGACACUGCAGCCCGUGUCUGUGGAAACCUUCUCGGGACUGAGAUUGAGAAAACCCCGGGUUUCAUCAGCUGAGAUGGACAGGAAGAUGGCUAACCGGAAGCUGAUCCGCCUGUCCCAGCUGAAGCACAAACUUGCUACUGAAAAUCUAGAGGAAACAGACUGGGUAACAUUUGGAGUCAUAGUAAAGAAGGUCACUCCUCAGAGCACAAAUAACGGCAGAACCUUCAGCAUCUGGCGGCUGAACGACCUGCGCGACCUCAGUCAGUGCGUCUCGCUCUUCUUGUUUGGUGACGUCCACAAAGAACUCUGGAAGACAGACCAAGGCACAGUCAUUGGGGUGCUCAAUGCAAAUCCUAUGAAACCUAAGGAAGGCUCAGAUGAGGUGUGUUUGUCUGUUGACCACCCGCAGAAGAUCCUGCUCAUGGGUGAAGCUCUGGACAUGGGCACCUGCAAAGCCAGGAAGAAGAAUGGUGAUCCCUGCCUGCAGAUCGUGAACCUGAACGACUGUGAGUAUUGUCAGUAUCACAUACAAUCCCAGUACAAGAAGCUGAGCUCAAAGCGGGCAGAUCUGCAGUCUACCUUCUCCGGUGGCCGCAUUCCCAGAAAAGCUGGACGGAAAAAUCCCAGUUUGAAGGAGAGGCUGUGCCAGGAUGGAUUUCACUACGGAGGAGUCUCUUCAACAGCAUAUGCGGCUUCGGUGGCAGCUGCUGCAGUGCCAAAAAGGAAGGUUCAGACCACUCUCUCCAAUAUAGUCGUGAGAGGAGCUGAUGCAAUUGUCCAAGAAACCAGGCAGAAAAUUGGUGCAGCAAAGAGACCCGUGCCGUGUUCUGAGGAAUUCAAAGAACUGCUGGCACAGCCAACCUUUGGAGCACGAAACCUCUGCAAGCACUGGACCAAAGUAGAUGCUGAAAAGAAGCAAGAUGCCGGUUUCCAGUCUAUCUCCGCAUCAGCACUGCUCAGGCAACAGAAACAGAAGUUGCUGGAGGCCAGGAAAAAGCGAUCUGAGGAGAUUCAGAGACGGUUUCUCCAGAACACAAGUAAAGCUGGAAGCCCCGCUCUGCCAUCCACCUCCAGACAGACUUCGCUUCUUUCCCCAACACCCGGGGCAGAAUUCCCCAAAGCUGCAAAAAUGUCAGUUCCUCCAAGGCCCAGGCUGGGCACAGGCUUCUCAGAAGGAGAAGAUAUCCUUUUCUUUGACGGAUCUCCACCUCCAACACCAAAGCUGGACAGCUUGGCAGAAGCCAAAAAGCUGGCUGCAAUACACCGCCUACGAGCAAAAGGCCACGUUCUUGCUAAAACCGAUCCAAACAGCGCCAAGCGGAAAAGAGCCGAUCUUGAUGGUGUCCUAGAAAUUGUUGAAAGAGUUGAGAAAAACAUUGCUCAGUCACAGAAUGCAGGAGAGAAUGAUGUGGAUGAACAGGAGCCUGCCCAGAAGAAACGACGCGAGCAGCUGGCCUACCUGGAGUCAGAAGAGUUCCAGAAAAUCCUGAAUGCCAAAUCCAAGCACACAAGUGUCCUGAAAGAGGCUGAGGCUGAGCUACAAGAACAAUACUUCCAGCCACUGGUGAAAAAAGAAGAAAUGGAAGAGAAGAUGAGGAGCAUUAAAGAAGUGAAAUGUCGAGUGGUGACAUGUAAAACGUGUAAUUACACCUACUUCAAGCCUCUGGAGACCUGCGUGCAGGAUAACCACGACUACCACUGGCAUGAUGGCAUCAAGCGGUUUUUCAAAUGUCCUUGUGGCAACCGAGCUAUUGCCCUUGACAGGCUCCCAAAAAAGCCCUGCAGUACCUGCGGCCUCUUCAAGUGGGAGCGAGACGGGAUGCUGAAGGAGAAAAAAGGUCCAAAGAUCGGUGGAGAAACACUUUUACCAAGAGGGGAAGAACAACCAAAAUUCCUCAAUAGCCUGAAGUGACCUGAAGUUGAUGUUUUCCCAACGCACGGAUGAAUUUCUACGUCUAACCCACACAUUUCUUUACUGGAACGCCAGGAGGAUUCUGGCUUUGGGGUGACAAAUGAGCAGAGAAAUCAAUUCCUUGUGGGAAGGACGUCCACAAAGUCUUUGCCAAACCACUGCAUGGAUAUCCAGCUUUGAUCUUAAAAGUGACUGAAUGAGGCUGCGUGUGAAAUACACAUUCGUGUCAGUUCUUUCUUAGUAACAACUUGUUUACAAGACUUAACCUAGAAAACAGAAUGGUAGUGUGGAAUCUGUACUGAGAAAACCCUAGGAAUCCCACGAUUUACGUUGAAUGACUGUGCCAGAUCUUAAAGGGAAGAAAUCAUCGUGAACGGGGAGGACUGCAGACUCUAUAAGCACUUGUGAAGUUAGUGUUGUGGUGUGUAAUGCCAACCUCGUGCCUUUUCAGCUGAGGGCAGAAAAAGGGUGCAGGAGGGUUCUACCUACACAGUAGGUCCUCCUCGGGCCCAAAAUUACUCACUUGGACUGCUCAAGAACAGAUUUCAAGUGGUUCCUGGGUCAUCAUCUUGACUUACGACUUCAAAAAUGCAUCUGUGCCUUUAGCAUUGCAAGCCCACAGUGUCUGCACUGGAGCCUGGCCAGAGCUCUUUUAAAAGCAGUUUCCCUACCAUGCAGCCCAGGCUGGAUUCCCAGCACCAUCUGCACCACGUUUGUACAGCUACAACUCCCACUUUGCAAAGGGUGUUUUAAUGAAUCUGGCAUUGCUUUGCGCGUGCUUUUAAAGAGCAGAGUGAUUACAUUUCAUAGCUUUUACCCUUCUUUCUAUCUCUAAAAAUCCUUCCCAGUUAUUACCAUGUGGACCUCCGAUGCUGGCACUGCUGCCAGGGGACCAGGAGCUGUCUCAGGUGAAGCAAGACCAGGCUUCCCCGGGUGGCUCAGCAGGAGGGCUGUCCCCAUGCUGGCACAUCUCUCCCAGCACAUGGUGGUAGGGAUGCCAGCUGAAUUCAUCUUUCUCUUGCCUCCAACUUGUGCCCAGGAGGUGUCUUUAGGUACCUAACAUCAGCAGCUGCCUAUGUUCUGGUGAAACUGCUGCAGCCUCUUGUCCCUGUGGCCUCAUCAAUACCUUGUGUUUGCUUGCACAAGGGCUGCAAAUAAGUGACUCUGUUUUAAGCAGGUGUGCCAAUUUACCUCCAUACUCUGCAGCCCUCAUCUCCAUGUGGUGCUUUUGCUGGGCAGAUCAGCUCAGCUUAUUACAUUCAUUUCAGUCUCAUUUCGAUACCAUUUGUUGGGGGGCAGGGGUGUGUCACUGUUUGGUGACUGCAAAUAUGGAACUGUGACACUGCUUGGAAACAUCUCCUCUUGAUUCAUUCAGAAUAAACACUGUGCAAUAGAGCACUCCCUGGGGCUGUAUGGGUUCAUUUCUCUAAGGAUGAUGAUGAGCUUGGUGCUUGCUCAGCAUCUUCAUUUGCCUGAGAGUUCCUUGCUGAAUCACCAAAAGAAAUUGGUUCAUGGUCUGUAACUGGCUCCCACACUGUUGGUUUUUUGUUUUUUUUUUUUCAUUCAGGCAGGCAGGCAUUACUCAAUUGGAGUCCACAAAAGCAGAGUGAAAUUCUGCAUCGGCCUUCAGGCAGCAAGCUGAAAGCUUCAGGGUUUUUCCAGCUCCCAUCCCAGGCCCCUAGAAAGGAAGUUCUGCAGCAAUCCAACUGUCAGAAGUGAGGGCGUGCUUUAUCUUCACAAGGUGCACGCACUCCGGUCUCCAUUGAUCCCUGCAUGCAAAAGCAGGGUGCAGGUACCAAAACCAAUUGCUUUGCUUAAACCCAGCAGGAAACGAGGGAGUGGUGGGGCUUCAUUUUCCCGAUUCUACGUGCCUCAGUCUAUUUUGAGAGCUGCUUAUGCCAGAGAUGGCUCCAGCCCAGCAGAAGCAGGCAGGACGAGAGCUACCCUGUGAGUGCACAAACCCCUGCCACCUCCUCUAAAGCGUUAAGUAAAACUGCACUGGAAAUGUAAUGCCAAAAGUGCAUCGUCAGAGCAGAGGGGCUGCUUCCUGCAAGGUGCAAAGUGCCCUCGCUCCAUCAGGGUUGCUGCAAGGUCAGGGCACUGUGCAUUAGCUCCAUAAGGCUGCCUGCUAAACCUUAACAAACACAGUAGUGCAUAGAAUCCUACAGCAAUAAUUUCAUCUAAUUGUAAGUAUCGUUACGAUACUAUGAUUAUUAAUAAUCUUACAUUAAUGUAGUAUCAACAAAAAAUAUAUCAAGAGAGAUAUUAGAGGAAAAAAUCAAGAACUGAAGCACAUCUCCUGUCAUCAUUUUUCUUUGUAGGUCAGGUUUUCUUUGAAGUGUUGCAGCUGUUCAGCCUCAGAGCCAUUAUUUUGUAUUUGCAUAAAAAGCUUUUGCAGUGCAGUAUUUGGUUAGGUUACUCACUUACUUACACAGAGGGCAGAAAGCCCAUCUGUCUGGCUGUGAGCGGUGGCACUCCCUGCUCAGAGGCUGAUGCUCAGGCACACGUUUUCCAUCCAGGCCAUGGGAGGCCACUUUAAAGAUUCUUCCUCCUGCUCGCCCCUCCCACAGGCAACUGGUUUCGUAACCAGCCCUUGGUCAAGCAGAGCUUAAUGGUGUUCAUCGUAUAAGCCAAAGAAAGAAACGCUGAUAACUGCAUUUAGAGGUAGUUUCCUGCCUUUAGGAACCCUGGGAGUUUGGUUGCUCUAGAGCUGUGAAUACACAGGAGAGGGAAGAACAUUGUGUCCUCUUGCUCCAUGACAAGGUGAGCCCUGGGGCUCACAAUAAUCAAGCAGCUCAUGGGAAAGCUUGAGUGCUGGAGUCUUGAAACCAAAGCAGAGAUGAAAUAAUUCAGUAAAAUAAGGACAGCAGCAGUUUAUCUGUGUAGAAGAAGAGACACAACAACGGUAACCCGUUGUUCUUCUUGAAGCUCAUGCAUAAGUGAUGAAGAGUACAUGCUUCCUAUUGGAGAAAGGGGAGAAGAGCACAAGGGGCUGAGGAUAUCUCCAGUGCUGGGUCAGGUCCACUAUCCAUCAGGAACCGUCCUUGCUAAGGAGAAAGGUACUGCUUGCAGUUAAAUUGUGGUCAGUUGCUUAUCAUCCUCUGGGGAGCUGCACUGAGCCUGGACACCUCAGCAUAGGAAACAGCUUGGGUCUCAGCUUCGUUAAACUGCAAAAGCUUUUGAAGAGCUGAAUCAGCUUUGAAAGCUUGUAAUAUGGUUAAUUAAACUUCCUUUUCUCCCCAUUUCUUUUGUAUGAAGGUACAACUUUGAUCUGCAGCAGUAGGCAACAAAACCAGGCUUCAAAACCUUUCCUCUGGCUCCCGUUCAAGUGCCUUCCUAUCAAAGCACCAGCUGUCAGGGAGGUCAGGAGGCACAGAUUAAAUCUGAUAUCUGAACUCUUAGUCUAGAAAAACGCAUCUGAACUUUAAAAAAGGACUUCCUCUGCAUUUAUUGUCUUUUACCAGGCUACACAGAAGCACUUACUUUCAACACGUUAAGGCAAUUCGUGAGGCUUUACCAGCGGGGCUUCCUGCAAAUGCAGACAGCUGAAUAAGGGAAAAUGUGUUGGUACCCAACGCCUGGCUUCCCUUCCACCAGCCCCAAACCAUCAGCACCUCAAAAGCUGCAUCCAGAGAGCACAGAGGCUGACGUCCUCUUCACCACACCUGCAGAGGUCUGUGUCCAACCGCUGGGGCGUGUGUUUUGGAAACUAUCACUGUGGAAUCACUGUUGGGUGGAAGAGCAAGCAGGAAGAACUUCCAGGUCCCAGCCACUCUCCUGCACCCAAUGGGCUGGCUGAGAAGGAGCCAAGGAGCUCUGGUCAACCUGGCAGCGCCCAGAGUCGUUUCAGGGGGAAGGGAUCAGAGCCCUCUGCAUUACCACGGUGCUGGUGAGCUCAACUGGCACAAUGUUGGGCAACCUCACCUCUACGGUGUGCUGGACCUAUUGUAAGAAGGAACAAGCACAUCUCUCAUCAGGAAGGACGACUCCAGAGGUUGGUCUAAUGAUCUAAGAGGUCUUUAGCAUCUUCGUUCCUCGGAAAGAGGAAACUUAAGCAUUGAUCCACAGACUUUGAAAAACAAGGUUCUUCCUUCCCUUCUCUCCUGCAGUCCUACUAAGAGAGUCUGGAAACUCAAAAACAGGGACUCAGUGGACACCUGUAGCUUUUCCCUGUGGCCAUAGCUCCCUCUGCAGUCAGCUCAGCUACAGGUGUAGCCCCAACAGCACAGACUGUACCAGCAACUGGACAGGAUGCCCAAGGUGCUCAUGGAGACAGCAGAGAGUACGAGCAGGGCUGAGCAGAGCCUCCAGCCACCAGAAUUCAUUCACUCAUGUCAUGCAGCAAACAAAGACCAGGCUGAGAAGGUUCAGGACGUUUCAGAGCAGGUGCCCCAGCAGUUCUGGG